UCAAAAACUUAUUUUCACCGUCCAAAUGAGGGGUUAUAGAUUAGUGUACUUCGUUCGGUUUAUUUGGCCGAGAACGAUAUAUUCAACAUAUUGGCAUAAAUUAUAACUGUUCCGAAAGCGAGUCCAUCUGCAUAUCUGCAGGUACCUGACAUCGAAUGACAUGCAGCAGAUGUCAGCCGAGUCUGUGAGUGUUGCGACUGCAUCUGUGCGCACUGAUUCGGAUUACGCCUGCAACGAGCAGGACUCGAUAGGGUUGAGUGUGGCACUUCAAAAUAUCCUGCAACAGAACUCGGAAAACACCGCCAAAUUCGACGCCACAAAGUGGGACUCCGUCUACUGGAAAGACGACUGGUCGAGACCGGACAAAAUAACCGAUGAGUUAAACAACAUCUACUCUUUGGAUAGUGAGCACAAGGAUACUCUUAAGGUGAAUGAACAAGCAGUUUCUGCUUACGUGGGAGUGGGCGGAGGCUUCGACGCCGGAGAACUUGGUCUCCAUGCGAGUGUUGAAACAGGCGGGUCCGUUUCCUUCAAGAACAAAGUUCACGACAUCUCUGACGCAUUGAACGAAAACGACGUAAACUCCUAUUGGAAUGGGGAAAAAUUUGUCACGAAGCCCAUGGAUUUGUACAGAAUUAAUCUAAACGAGUACACUUCGACAUCUAGCAUCGCCGCCACAUCAGUGCAAGUUCGCAAAGUAUCGAGCGAAUAUCCGAUAGAUCUGACUAUCAUAGAAGAUACCGAACAAGACGAAGACCAGCCAUCUGUGAUGACUGUUUCAACACUUCGUGAAGUUAUCAACAAAGAGAUCGAAGAACUGAAGGUUGAGAUUGCUGAAAUAAUGAGCACUUUGGCUGACACGAAUGAAGAAAACGUGAAGGAAGUUGAUGAAAGUGUGAAAUUUCUUUACAACGCAACAACUUGGCCUCAUGGGUCGUACUGUAUAUUCCAGCAGCCGAAAAAGCGUUCAUUAGAAAACGGCUUCAGCAACACAGGCGCUUGUCCGGAGGAAUUCAAAAUUGCAGUAGGAAGUUUUGAAGUCCAAGGAGACCCGAAAUCGGCUGACGCUAACUUCAACCAUAUCAGUUUCGAAAAGGGCGGAAAGAAGACGACACAAAUUUCUAUUCGAACGUGUUGCAAAAAAGAAGACUAAAAAAAUGCAUCCUUCAAUUCAACAAACCAAUUUUCACCAGUACAAUUGGAGCCCAAUUAUGAAAAUCAGGUGCUAUCUGGU